CCUUUUCAGACGGACCAUUCACACGGCUAGUCAGUUUCUUUCCGUCCAGAGUCGCACGCAGUACACUGUUGUUUUCUUCUGUGCUCAUCAUACUGAAACAAAUUUACCGAAAAGCUGACAAUUGAAGAUAGGUGUGCUGAUUUCAAGGUUCUAGAAGUUACCUCUUGCCAUUCUAUUUGUUAGAACAAAACCAGUAUGAAUAAGUUCAUUGCCGUCCACACUGCCUGCAGUUUACUGCUGAUUUUCAUCGCCGGGCAAGCGGCCGAACAUUCGUUGAAUCCAUCCAGUAUGGAUGCAGCCAAACAUUCCUUACCACCUGAGUAUAACAUGGCCUCUAAUUCUUACAAUGAUUUAGCUGGGAACGACAUGGAAGAAGUGGAAGAAGAACUCGAAUCUGAGUUAGCAUUAAAGAGAAUGCUUAAAUAUGUCACACCUCUGAUGGCGAUUUUUCAACAAAAUAAGAAUAUACGAGGAACAAAUGGGCUGAAUAAGCGAUCCACGAAGAUGAAGCUUGAUUAUGAAGCAGAAGAUUUGGGUACAUCUUUAUUUGGUGGGCUGGUGGAGGAAGGUCGGAAGCGAGGUUCAGGCCGGCGACCUCCUAUGUACAAGUCUAUUCAACAAAUACAACCGGACCGCAGUGGUUACGGAGAGUAUUCGUCAGGUUCCAGUUAUGGCGGAGGUGGUAGCUACGGGUGCUGCGACAAGAAGGACGAUUUGCUUCCGAUCCUUGCUCUCACAGCUUUAUCACUUCUUUUACUUUAUUUGAUCGCUAUUGCAACAACCACUACUGCGGCUCCAGCAGUUCGCGUGAGACGACCCCAGACUCGAUCGAUCGACGACCCAAGCUACAACGAUGUCAUUACGGACGAAAAUAGUUGGUCUGAUAUAGAACUGAUGGAUGCACCUACCUGGAUAUCUAUGGUAAAUGAACUAUGGAACGCUGACGAAGAUGAAUCCAGUGACGCUUGUGUUCUGAAAGCCCUUUGCCGGAUGAACCGUCUGGCUCUAGAUUCACCGGGUUCAACGGGCCUCGCUGUCUCGUUGUCCAGUGUACCACUUAGCUAUCUGCUCCACCACCGACAUCAGAGCGGCUUCCUGAAUUACUUGGACGCAUCUUUGAAAGGCCGGUUCGGCGAAAAUUGUACGGCGGUCUUCAAUAACUGUCCGCAUCUUAAUUAAUAUGCACACGGUUCAAAUUGAUCACAUGCUACCUGAUAGCAGGAUAUAUGAUAUGCUUGAUACAUGUAUGCCUAUACUGUUAAUAAGUUUGGCCGACCAACAUUUCUUUCAUCAAAACCCAGAUGUUAUCCGUUAUCGUGACUGUAGCUGUCACCUCCUUGAUCGGGCAUUUGUAUGCCGUAUUUGUUAAUUGUUUUGUUAAAUGAAUAUGUUGUGUCAAUGUUUAUCGUUGCAUUAGGGGAAAGGGAUAUAUUUUAUGUAUUAGCAGCGUGUUACAAAGGGAUUAUGUAAACGGGAAAUGUUUUCCAAUAAUUGACAAAUAUAUUGUCCAUCAAGGCAACAUAAAUAAA